UACUUUCUGUCAUUUUCCAGUUAGACAUUUUGAAUGUUGAUGUAAUUUUAUAUAAAAGCUUUAUGCGAAGUAAAGGUUUGAUAUUUCGUUACAUAGGUAUUAUAGCUAGGAAGUUUAGGGCGUUCCAAGAGAGAUGGCUGUUACCGUGGUGGGAGAGCGGGGGCAUGUCGACAGCGCCGCUUUGGGCACUGGACACACUCGUGCUCAUCGUUAAACUCUGCUCCACCUGUGCCAUUGCUGUUGUAAGGGUGCUAAUCCCACCAACUAUGAAGAAUUUGUAUGGAGAGACUGUUUUGAUCACGGGUUCCGGCCAGGGUUUGGGUCGCGAGCUGGCGCUACAGUUCGCCGAUUUGGGCGCUACUGUCAUCUGCUGGGACUACGACACGCCCCGGAACAACGCUGUUGUCAGUGAAAUACGGAGGAAGGACGGCGAGUGCUUCGGGUUCACUAUAGAUGUGACGUCACGGGAGCAGGUUUUCUCACUAGGUGCGCGGCUGCUGCGUCAACUGUCUGACGUUAGCAUCGUGGUAAGCAAUGCAGGCGCCUGCUCCAGCGCGCCCGUGACUCACUUCAGACCGGAGGCCAUCGACAAGCUCAUUGAGAUUAACCUACUCGCCCAUUUCUGGAUUAUACAAGCGUUCCUCCCGAGCAUGAUAGAGAAGAGACGUGGUCACAUCGUUGCGAUAAACUCUAGCGCGGGUCUCAUGCCUUGCGCAGACAAUGUGCCGUACUGUGCUGCUAAAUACGGACUCAGAGGGUUGAUGGACGCAAUAACAGAGGAGCUGCGUUUAGAUACUUGGACGAAGAAUAUUUACACGACGUCAGUGUACCUGGCGACGUUAUCUACGGGUUCGUACCUUGCGCCUGCGCACCGCUUCGCCUCUCUUUAUCCCGAGAUCCCGCCUAAGGAAGCCGCUAAAAUCAUUAUUGAUGGUAUUCGUAAAAAUCGCAAAGAAAUCAGCAUACCUUCAAUCAUGAAGCCACUGAUUGCUCUCAACAACAUGCUUCCUUACCGCAUAAGAAUAAUUCUCAUGGAUUUCUUUAAUUUCGGUCACAGGGGUUGGUUUAGCUUUUGUUGACUUUGUUUAGAAUAUUUACAUGUAUUUAGAUAUUAAGAAUAUUUGUAUGGACAAGUUUUUAUUUUGUUUAGUUUACAAUGUUCUUAUUUAUUUCCGUAAGAUAAAUUACCGUGACCAUUGUGAAAGAAUUACGCGCCUUAUGACAAACAACUAGCAAUUUUUUCAACUAGCGAUUUCGAAUCUCUGUUGCGUAUUACGAAUACCAUUAUUAGGUG